CAUUUAUUAAUUGGGGAAAAAGAACCUUUUUCAGUUAUUUCCUGAUUGCAAACUAUCGUUAUGUGGGAUUGGGAUGAGAGUGAUACAGAGAUGCCAACUGGAAAAGGUUUUGGCGGCACAAACGACAAAUUCAGAUCUAAUCGUAAUGCGGAUAAUGAAGAAGACAACGAUAAUCAAUAUUCUUAUAAUAAAUCUGGCCGUUUUGGUGGUGGUUCUAGAGGAGGACGAGGACGUGGCCGAGGUCGUCCCUUAAGUGAUUCUCAUGGGUCUCGUAGUUUUACUAACCGUCAUCAUUCGGAGGAAGCUGAUUCUAACGGGUUCCACAACGAUGAUGAUGGAGGAAAUGAUAGAAAACGAGGCGGUUUUAAUCCGCGCGGUCGUGGUGGGGGCGCAGGCGGUAGACGUGACUACAAUAAUGGUAGAGAUGAAUACAAACGUAAUAGAAACGACGAUGAUCAAAAUGGUGGUGCAGAUGAGCCACAGAAAGUUCGCGAAUUCUACAUACCGCCCGAACCAACCGAUAAUGAAGAUGAAAUAUUUGGUAGUGGUAUAAGCUCUGGCAUAAAUUUUUCUAAAUAUGAAAGCAUUCCCGUUAAGGUAAAUGGUCAGAAUCCUCCCCCUGCCAUUCAAACAUUUGAAGAUGCUGGCCUUCGAGAUAUUGUUUUAAAAAAUAUAAAACGGUCCGGUUAUAAAGUACCUACGCCCAUUCAAAAGACUGCUAUACCAGUAGUAGGAAGUGGGCGGGAUCUGAUGGCUUGUGCGCAGACUGGAUCCGGCAAAACCGCGGCUUUUCUUAUACCCAUUAUCAAUCAGUUACUGAAUGAUAAUGCUGAAGCAUCGAUUGGUAGGCCACACGCUUUGGUUGUGUCGCCUACACGCGAAUUAGCUAUCCAGAUAUUCAAUGAGGCACGUAAAUUUGCCUUAGGUUCGUAUUUAAAUAUACGUAUCGUUUACGGGGGUACUUCGUCCAAGUAUCAAAGUGAAAAUAUGGGCAAGGGUCCAUGCCACAUAUUAAUUUCCACUCCGGGCCGUUUAAUGGAUUUUGUAGAAAAAUGUUUUAUUACAUUUGAGGAUAUACGUUUCGUGGUCCUCGAUGCCGAUCGAAUGUUAGACAUGGGCUUCAAAGACGCUGUAGCUACGAUAAUGAAUCACGCAACUAUGCGAAGCGUCUCGGAACGGCAGAAUCUGAUGUUCUCUGCCACGUUUCCGGAGGAGAUACAGCGAAUGGCCGGAGAAUAUUUGGAUGAAUAUAUAUUUGUAGCUAUAGGCGCAGUAGGUGGUGCUUGUUCCGAUGUCACUCAGAAUGUGUAUGAGGUCGAAAAAAUCCAAAAGAGAGCCAAACUCAUGGAACUUUUAAAGAAGGACGCGAGCGGCACGAUUGUCUUUGUGGAAACCAAGCGAGGUGCCGACUUUUUAGCAUCUUUUUUGUCAGACACAGUAUAUCCGACUACUUCGAUUCACGGCGACCGUUUGCAACGGCAACGCGAAACUGCUUUGGUAGACUUUAAAGCAGGAAGAAUGAAAGUGCUAAUUGCGACCUCGGUAGCUGCUCGUGGUCUUGAUAUCAAAAAUAUUAGACACGUAGUUAAUUACGAUAUGCCAUCGUCAAUUGAUGAAUACGUUCAUCGUAUCGGACGCACUGGUCGCGUGGGAAAUAAUGGCAAAGCAAGUAGUUUCUUUGAUCCCCAGCAGGACUCGGCUAUUGCUGGCGAAUUGGUAAAAAUUCUAGAAGGUGCUGGUCAAGAAGUGCCGCAGUUCUUAAAGAAAUAUAGUUGCGGUGGUGGCCGUGAUAAUCGGGAUGGGCGUUUCGGUGGCCGUGAUGUGCGAAAAGAUAUUGCUCAGAGCUAUGAUCAUUUUAUAACUUCUGCCGGUCCCGAUGCUUUUGAAGAAGACCAAGACUGGAAUUAAGCCAAGAUUUUAGUGAUUGGUCUUCGCUUACAAUUUAAUACUACCUGCUUUUAGGAAAGACGAAGGCUGAAAUUGAUUUUCCUUAGUUGUUCUUUACUAAUAUUACAAUAUAUGUCUUCAGCUUUGUAUUAAAUGACUUUCAUUUUUUUCUGAAUUACUGCUACAUUAUAAAAAAGUUUAAAUUUGAAUUUAAAAUUU